GUUGAAGCGUUCAGGGUCGGCGAGUCUCUCGCCGACGCGCUGCGCCUGGAGAGAGGCCCAGGCGGCAGCAGCUCUGGCCUGCGUGGGGCUGACGGCGCAGGAGCUCCAGACGGUGCGCGGCCGCCCGAGAGCCACUUCGGCGGUGACGGCCAUCAGAAGAGCACCGAGGACGAGCGCAGGAAGGAGGACUCGAUCCAUCGAUGGUGGGGCGCCAGAUGGUUACACCAGGGCGACGUCGGCGCGCGGCUCAUGGUGAUCAGGGUGGUCUUGAGGCCGCUCGUGCAGAUGAUGUCCAGCUACCUCGGCCAGGCAGGCAUCAAGCACGACUGCGAGAUGGAGUAUCGCAAGCUCCAGGCGGCGGCGGGCAGCGGGCCCGAUGCCACCAACAAGCUGUUUCCGAUGGUUGCCGCGUGCAGGCGCGUCUUCGAAGGUGAGUUCCGCCAGUACCUGAAGGGCGCCAUCUUGACUCCAUCGCCAUGGGUCACCAUCGUGCCUGGGCUCAGGACCCACGCCCUCCGCACCACGGCGUUCUUGAUGUUGAGCGAUAUCGGCUGCCUCUGCCACGAGAUGUCAGUGCUCCACACCAUGUAUCCCUUCAAGAUGUUCAGGCUGCUGGACGGGGACAGCGCGGCCGACAUCGAGAGCGACUGCGAGGACAUGAAGGACGGCUGGAGCAAGGAGCUGAUCGAGAAGUACGCGAAGACCGAGCAGGGUUUGCUGCACCCAGACCUCAUCGCGGAGCUGACGCACGUCGCCGCCAACGUCCAGCGCGAGACCUGCAGCAUCGAGUCCAGCCACGCUUCCAUCCGAAGGAGCCUCGCCGCGCUGAGCGUGCAGACCCACCCAAUGCACAUUAGGCGCUUGUCUGCUUUGAGGACAUGCCAGCGGUUUCGGACGCGAGUGCACCGACUUCGCAGCGGGCCUGGACGUUGCGCGAUGAAGGGCAUGGGGGCGGCGCAGGUCGACAGGAAGCCUCCAGUCAAGAAGCGGUUCCUCGGCUUCGGGGGCGCUUGGCGGGCGUUUGUUCGGCAGCAGUCGCUGGGCAAGAAGGGCUCGCCCGACUUCGCCGAGCUCGCGAAGGCGUACGCCGUGCUGUCUGCCGCAGAGAAGAACCAGCUCAGGCAGAUGGGGAAAGCAGCCACCCGAGCAGCGCGGGCUGGCAACAAGACCCCGUUCGGAGGGAGCUCGCGCUCACUAGAGGCGCGGGCGAGGAAGGCUGCUUUGGCACGUCAGGUCAACGAGCUGCACGAACGCAAGCUCGCUGCGCUGCUGGGCUCGUCGGGUGGAGUUCAGGGGGAUAUCGCAGUUGCCACCUACGACGGCAUCAUCAGCAUCGCCUCGUCGAACCCCAAGCACCUCGCCGACAUGACAGAAUUGCGACAACUUGAGCGUGCGGAGCGGGCCUGGCGCCAAUCCGACCAGAUCGUGAUGCACGACGCUGUUAGCAAGUGGUGCUCGGAGACGGGCGUGGAAGCGAGGGCUGCUUGCUUGUUCCACGAGUCGGCCAUCAGCAACAGGCUCGACGAGUUCCUCCCCAUCGUUCCCCCGUGCCAAGGUUUUCAGCUCUUCGAGUGGGAGCCCGUGGGCGUCUUGGAUCGGGUGAAGAGCGCGCUCUCGGUGCAUCGCCGCUUCAUCGCUGACACCUUCGCUGCCUUGGCGAAGUUCUGGGAUGACUUCCACGGCACGAUCGACCACCAUCCGCGCCCCGAGUGGGACGAGAACGACUGCGCGGACAUCCCAGCUUGCAUGCGCGCGGGCAUGUGCGUAUGCACGGGCGCGGGCUUGGAGGUCGGCCAGUUCGUGGAGAAGUUCGACGCUGCUGUGAAGAAGGCAUGCCCAGUCGGGCGUAUCAGGACAGAACACUUGGCCCACGGCUACAUCGUGGCAUACGUCUUCGCGCAGCGCCAGCCAGCCGACGACGAGAAGGAGAUCAAUAUCGCAACGGACGGCAUCGUCGAAGGACUGCCCAUCGUCGACGGCAAGUGGCUGCACAUCGGCCACCACAAUUUGUCGCCUUGGCGGUCGUGCUUUCAACUCCUGAACGGCCCGACGGGCCCGAUGCAUCCCAACAUCGAGAUGACCAACUGUCAUUUGGAGGGCACGGCCGAGUUCGCUACGCCGUGGCAGGCGUUCAAGGACUUCAACAGGAACCUUCGGUGGGCUGUGUGCGUUUACAGCGUGGACAUGAAGAAGAGCCCUCUCGGGACGUUCGUUCCAGACUGCAUCGACGUCCACUUGACCGAAGCGAUUGAGAAGGAAGGCGUCCCGACGUGCAGGGUCAUUUGGAAACCGAGGUGGGCGAUGUGGAGGAGGAAGCCGAACAAGGUUGACAAGAUGGACGUGCACAUCAAAUCUGGAUGGCACGGCCUCGCUUCGAUCAAGGACGGUGAGCUGGGCAGCGACAAGGACGAGGGCUCCGACAACGACGACGGUGACGUGGUAGACGCGCACGGUGAGCCCGUGCUGGCGAAGGUCGUGGAAGCGGGCGUGGAGCCAGCAGCUGCGCACUUCAUCGAGGUGGAGGGCGGCAGGAUCGUCUACAACGCGAAGAAGCUGGACUUGAUCGCUGAGUGCAGGGACGCCUCGCACGUGAAGUGCAGGAAGCACAGGACAAUCAAACAUGGACCCAGGCCACAGCAGGGGCGACCCAUCGGCUACCUGGUCGCGUGGCUGCGGAAGCACGCGGAGUACGGGUCCCAGCUGACGCACGGGUCGUGCAAUUGGAUUUCCAAGGAGGAUCGUGUGGCUGCUCGGGCAGCCUUUGCGGGCAUGGGCCCCCGUGCUCAGGCGCUGCUGGCUAUCGAGAGGCCGCGGCGGCCAGGAGAAGCCGCGGAGCCCGACGUUUGCCCUUGA